AUGUCUUCUAAAGGGUUCUCCAAAUCCGAAUUAGAAAGUUUAUUGUAUAAUCUUGACUACGACAAGAUUUCCAUGCCCCCAUACGAUAACCAGCAUACUAUUGCAUAUCACGCAAGAAAACACGCAAGGAUUAAGAUAUUAAGCGGAAUGGGAUUACUUAAAUGGAACAUAGAAAGCAUGGUGCAAAAGUUAUUCUUUCCCAAGAAUUCAAAUCUAAUCGAUUCAGCUACAAUGUGUGUAUGGGAAACAAGGCUCGAACCUUUUCAAAGACAAGAAUUUGAAAAGAUGGCAAAAGAAGCCAACGAGAUCAAUCAAAAUAAAAGACAAAUUACUGAAGACACUCUCAAUCGGAUCGCUAGAAUUGAUAUCCCACAAGUGGGGAAUCUUCCUUUGGAUCAUUCCUUCUAUAAUGGGACUAGUUUCAUGAAUAAUAACGAUUUCGAAUCAUUUUUACCAGCAGGGAGUUCAGGAAACUCAAAUUUUGGAUGGUAA